AUGGAAUCGAAAUCAACGACGAUUACGACUGCAGCGGCGCCGGUGGCGUUCGGGCUCACAGAGGGGCUCAUCGAGAAGUUCAGCGGAGACGACAAAUCUUACUCGUCGAGUAAGUGGGCUCAAGACAUCGAGGAUAACGCUGAGAUAUUUCAGUGGACGCCGCAACAAACUUUGAUCGUAGCUCGCCGGUCACUCACCGGGACGGCUGAGCUAUGGUUAAAAUCCGAGAAGGCAUUCAAAACCUACGGCGAUCUCAAGGCUGCGCUUGUGAAGGAAUUUCCAGACACCGCGAACGUCAAGGAAAUGCACGAGCUAAUGGCGGCACGCAAGAAAUUAAAAGGCGAGACGUAUUAUCAGUACAUGUUGCAUAUGAAAGAGCUAGCGCGGCGUGCGAAAUUUCCCGACUACAUCGCGAUACAGUACAUCGUGGAUGGCAUCGACGAUUACGAGAGCAAUAAGGUGAUUCUGUACGGCGUGACCACGUUUCCAGCAUUGAAGGAAAAGCUGGCUUUCUAUGAGAAAAUGAAGUCCAAAACCAGGGAGCGAGAAAAGAGAACCGAGAGGUUAAAAGGUCAUGCGAGGUCGGCGGAGGCGUCCUCGGCAGCAUCGGGAUCGGCGAGGCGGUGCUAUAGCUGUGGUGACAUGGGACAUGAAGCGGGUGUGUGUAAAAACGGAUUGAAGUGUUUUGGGUGUAAUCAGUUCGGUCACAUUCGUAACCAGUGUCCCGUAAAUCCGAUGAGAUCUACGGCUACAGCAUCGGCAUCGGGUCAUUCAGGCGCCAAGAUGGCGGGCGCAGGCGGCAGCGGCGCUCACGGCGGCCGAGGAGGCGGGGCUUCCGGUUCCGGGGAGGCCGGAAAGUUGGGACCCAAGCGACCCGCGGCUAUGUUCGGAACGGUGAACGAAGUAAGCGGAAACGAGACUGUCCGCGCGGUCAUAGACAAUGAAACGUCACUGACAUUGACAGAUGUCAACACUGUAAAUGUGACAGCUACGAGUUACGAAGAUCGAAACGUUAACAUCACGCAUGUAAACAAAUGUGUUCGGAAGCCGGUAAAAGACAUUAAAAUUAAUAAUACAGUUUUAAAUGCUCUCGUAGAUUCAGGUAGUGAUGUGAACCUAUUAUCUUUGUUGUAUUUACCUAUGUUGAACGCCGAAGUGGCGAGUGAAACGUUAACGAUGUCUGGAUUAGGCCGUAGUGAAAUACAAUCAAGGGGCAGCGUCUCUGUUGGACUUGAGAUUGAUAAUCAGUGUUUUAAUGGUGUAGUUUUUCAUUUAGUUCCACCAGAGGUGAUGCCCUACGACGUAAUAAUAGGUCAAGAGUUCCUGGGUCGUGUUACUGUGGUAAUGAAUGAAGGGGGUAUUAGGUUUUUUCCCAUUGGUUGUUGUGAAUGGGUUGGUCAAAUUGAUUGUUUUCCAGGAUGUGUAGCAGUCAAUGUUGAUCACAUUCAAGAUCCAGCAGUAAGGAGUGAGGUUAUGCAAUGUGUUGAGGAGUAUAAGCCAUUGUAUAAGGAAGAGGCCCGAUCCAACUUCAAAUUGUAUUGAAGGAUGACAUCCCAGUGCGACAGCGACCCAGACGACUGUCACUUAUGGAGCAACAGGUAGUGGAAGAUCAAAUCGAGGAAUGGCUUGAUAAAGGCAUCGUGAGGGUGAGUUUCUCAGAUUACUCCAGUCCUUUAGUGCUAGUAAAGAAGAAAGAUGGUUCGACUAGGGUCUGUGUGGACUAUAGGCAGGUCAACAAGAAAAUAGUUAAGGAUGAAUUUCCACUUCCCGUAAUCCAUGAUCUGAUUGACAAAUUGCAGGAAGCUAAGGUAUUCAGUGUACUUGAUUUGAAAAGUGGGUUCUUUCAUUUGAAGGUCAGCGAGGAGUCUAUUAAGUACACAUCAUUUGUCACUCACCACGGGCAGUUUGAAUUUCUCCGUGCCCCGUUUGGUUUGUCCACCUGUCCCAAGACUUUUAUGAGAUUUCCUUGGAUGAAGUUCAGGCUGUAUCGAGGUUGAAGCAAGUGCUAGAAGUCGCAGCACAUUAUGGCUUGGAGAUUAAUUGGAAAAGGCGAACCUACUGCAGCGUGAAGUUGAGUACUUGGGCCACAGGGUGAAGGAUGGAGAAGUACGGCCGAGUACAGAUAAGGUGGAUGCAGUCAUAAGGUACCCUGAGCCAAGAACCCUCAAGCACUUGCACAGUUUUGUUGGAUUGACAAGCUAUUUCAGGAAGUACAUUGAAAAUUAUGCUUCUGUGGCGAAGCCAUUGACUGAUUUAUUAAAGAAGAAUACAGAGUUCAUAUUUGAGGAUAAGGAAAGAAAGGCUUUUGAGACACUGAAGAAUAAAUUAGCUAGCGGACCUGUUCUGAAGAUUUUCAAUCCGAAGUUGAAGACUGAAUUGCACACCGAUGCCUCAGGUGUAGCAUUGGCUGCAAUACUCAUGCAACACCAUCCAGGGUCAGGCUUACACCCAGUACAUUACAUGAGUAAGAAGACAACUGACAUUCAGAGCCGGUACUCAAGCUACGAAUUGGAAGCACUAGCCAUCAUAGAAGGUAUCAGGAAGUUCAGGCACUACCUUUAUGGUAUUCCAUUUAAAAUAGUCACAGACUGUAAGGCUUUUGAAUUAACACUUAAGAAGAAAGACUUGUCAGCCAAGGUAGCCAGGUGGGUCCUCAUGCUCAGUGAAUAUGAUUUCGAAGUGGAGCACAGAGCGGGCUCCAGGAUGCAGCAUGCAGAUGCUUUGAGCCGCAUACCAACAGUGGCAGUGGUUACUACUCUGCAGGAGAGUUUACGCCAAGCACAAGAUCAAGAUGAUGGCAUAAAAGCCAUAAAGGAAAUUUUGAGAGGAGGAAGUCCAUACGACGAUUAUUGGUUAGAAAAUGGUGUGUUGUAUAAGACUGAGCAGAAGCUGUUUGUAG